CAUGAGCGAGGUCGAGGACUUGUGGGAUCGUCGGAUUGUCGUGGUCUCUUCGAGGCUGGCAUGUGACGGUGCCGCCCCGAGUCAGUCACCUUGUACCCAUGCCACGAUACUUGGGUACUUAAGUACUUAUCUACCUAGGUACCUAGGUGCUUAGAUAGUGUGGCCGUUGCCAUGACCCAGGCCGACAGUCUGAUUCCAACCGAAGCAGCCGAGAUUCUGGAAACCGGCAUGGCUACUUGAUUGAAAAUAGGAUAUUCCACCCACCAACCGACCUGGCACUAGAAUGGUCACAGAACAGAACAAGAGGCCGUCUCCACCCCCACCGACCUCGGUAGCAACAUUGGGACAGGCCCGCCCACUCGGGCUGGGAACGGAUCCGGGGCACGCUGGGUGCGGCCCUCCAGCAUGGGUCUUUGCAGGGACAGCUCCCCGCCUGGGGUGACCCUGAAGUGCCCGACAACUCCAAGAAAAUUUCACCAGGGACCACCGCUAUCGGGGCUCGCCCGGCUGCAGAUAACCUCUCGUCUAUGACUGAUGCGCCCUCAACAACAAGACUCAUACUGCUCCGCUCGCGAGCGACUUUACAUGUGCGCCAGCCUGGCAUUGACUCACAAGUCUCUUCUCUAUAAUAGCCACAUUCGAAAUCGCUCGCUAUCUCAACACUCACCUUCCCUCCUGCAUACACCACCGAUCUAAGGGCAUCUCCCACAAUGGCUUUUCGCGCUCGAAUCUCCAGGGCAGCGGCUGGCCUGGCCGCUCGCCCUUGUCGCCCAUCCUCCUGUUCCAUGCCAGCCAGGCUGCGCUCCUAUUCGCAGGCUACCGCUGUCCCAACCAGCAAUCUGGGCUCACAUGUCCAGCAGAACAUAGCCAGAGAUGCCAGCCUACCGAACCCAGAUCCCGCGGCCGACUCGCCCAGCGCCGCCAUGGUGGACGGCCAUGCCCCCUACAUGGUCGCUACCUACGCCCGGCCCCCACCAGUCUUCGUCCAGGGCGAGGGCUCCUACCUGUGGGAUGUUGAGAACCGGCGCUACCUCGACUUCACAUCCGGCAUCGCCGUCAAUGCCCUGGGCCACUGCGACCCCGAGUUCGCCAGGAUAAUUGCUGACCAGGCCAAGACCCUCGUCCACGCCUCUAAUCUCUACUACAACCCCUGGACUGGCGCCCUCUCCAAGCUCCUGGUCGAGAAGACCCUUGAGUCGGGGUCCAUGCGCGACGCUGCUUCCGUCUUCGUCUGCAACUCGGGCUCGGAGGCCAACGAGGCCGGCAUCAAGUUUGCCCGCAAGGUCGGCAAGAUUCUCGACCCCUCUGGCGCCAAGCACGAGUUCGUCUCUUUCAACAACUCCUUCCACGGGCGGACCAUGGGCAGUCUGUCGGCAACACCCAACCCCAAGUACCAGCAACCCUUCUCUCCCAUGGUCCCAGGUUUCAAGUACGGAGACUACAACGACAUCUCUGCCAUCAACGAUCUCGUGACGGAGAAGACAUGCGGUGUCAUAAUUGAGCCCAUCCAGGGCGAGGGCGGUGUUCAGGUGGCAAGCGACGAGUUCCUGGUUGCCCUGGCCAGGCGGUGCAGGGAGGUUGGCGCUGUCCUGCACUACGACGAGAUCCAGUGUGGUCUGUCGCGGACUGGCACAUUCUGGGCACAUGGCAGGCUGCCCAAGGAGGCCCACCCAGACAUUCUGACCACGGCCAAAGCACUAGGGAACGGCUUCCCCAUUGGCGCCGUACUCGUGAGCAAGGAUGUGGCUGACAAGAUCAAGGUGGGCGACCACGGUACCACCUUCGGCGGCAACCCUCUUGCGUGUCGCCUGGCACAUUACAUUGUCAACAGGCUCGCAGAUCCAGCGCUGCAACAAGAUGUAGUAGCCAAAGGAGCCGUCUUCGCAAGCGGUUUCAAACAGCUGCGGGACAAGUUCCCAGAUCUCAUCACCGAGAUCAGGGGCCGUGGCUUGAUACUCGGGUUGCAGCUCACCGAGGACCCGACCCCCAUCGUAAAGGCCGCCCGCGAGAGGGGACUCCUCGUGAUUACAGCAGGCACCAACACGCUCCGAUUUGUGCCUCCAUUGACCAUCUCUGAGGCAGAGAUCCAGGAGGGACUCCAGAUCCUGGAACAAGCGAUCGCCGCUACUCGGUCUUGAAUGGCUUGGGACACGAGAUACGCUGAAUAUAUAUCUCUAUCUGGCAGUGAGUUAUGUCGUUGAACCUGUAUAUAUUUGCUUCAGCAGAGAGGAGUUUGGGCUUCAAAAGUCGACCGCGUUUCGGCACACCUUAUUGUACUGUUCUUUGCUCCGAUGCCACUGCCGGAAGUAUCUUGAUACCCAAUUCAUUCUCACGAGCAGGACGGCAUACAUAAGAUAGCCCUCAUCUUGUAGGCAGGACCCGGCAGACCGCAGAAUUACAAGAAAGGUUGGUUUCA